CUAUCUGACACCAAAGCCCUUACUAUUAAUCACACAGAAACUUUUUAACCUUAGAGUGAUUAAAUAUUAAUGGAGAGCUUCUUUGUAAUUCUAAGUUGCUUAAGUGUCUUAUCUUUUUGUUUUCUCCUCUUCAAUGUUCUGUCCUCUUCUUUACUGUAAGAUGGCUUUCUUUGUGCAAGACAAGUACUCUCUAUGCCAAGUAUUUUGGGUCAUGCAAUAUAUUAUGUAUAUUAGGUGUAAAAAUAUAUUGCAUUAAAGUGGGUGAGUUAUGUUUUUUUCUUCCAUAUCCUAUUGAAUUUAACCAACAUUUUUAUGCUUAGUAUGUUUAAAGCACUGUAGUAACCAUCUUAGGAGAUAGAAACAUAAAAAAAAAAAUGUAUAGUUGCUGCCCUCAUGUAAUUUACAAUCUAGUAAGGAAUUGACAGGGAGUCCAAUAAUGUGAUGAGUUAGUAAAGGUAUUGGCAAGGGGUGGAAAAUCAGAAAAGAAGAUUAACUUUUAUUUGGAAAGGGGCAGGAGUGGAUGGACAUCAGUGCAGAUUUUAAGGGAACCAUCACCGUGGGCCUUGAAAGACUUAGAAGUUCCUUCCUCUAUGUUCCUCUCUACAAAUUUAAGUAAUCCAGUUGUAUACACCUUUUAAAUCUUUGUCUUUCCAAUAGCCUAUAUUCUCCUUAAGGGACAGAACAAUUUCCUUUCAGUUUUAUAUCUCUAGGGUCUGGCAUACUCCCCAACACAUAGAAGCUUGGUAGCUGUUUUUUAAAUGAAUGAAAGUAUGGCUAAAUUUCCACACAUGGAGAUUGGGAGUAUAGGAAAAUGAACAUUUCACAUAGAGCACAUGGCCUAAACAAAGGAUGUGAAUAGGAAAGUACUUAGCCCCUCUAUCCCAGCAGAAGCUCAGAAACUGCAAAGAAGGGAACUGUGCUGCUAGUGAGUGAGUCCACAAUAUUUACUGAGGUUUUCUUAUAGCCUUGUACCCUUCUGAGUACAGAAAAGCUCUAUAGUCUAGUAAAGAGUUCUAGAUUCUGGCCUCAUUCUGCUGCUGAUUAGCUGAAUGAUUGUAUAAGUGACUUCCCCUGUCUGGGGCCUGUUUCCUCACCAUUUGUAAAAUGAGGAAGAAGCAUACAAGGUAACAAUAAUUACUUAUUACCUACCUAUCAUUUAAGGAACACUUAAUAUGUGCCAAGCUUUCUAUAUUAUCUCAUAUUAUCUUUGUAAGACUUUAUGAGGUAGGUGUAACUAUUCCCACUUAAAAAUCACACAGAAAAUUUUAAAACUUAAGAGUGAUUAAAUAUUAAUGGAGAGCUUCUUUGUAAUUCCAAGUUGCUGAAGUGUCUUAUCUUUUUGUUUUUUCCUCCUCAAUGUUCUGUCCUCCUCUUUACAGUAAGAUGGCCUUCUUUGUGCAAGACAAGUACCCUCAAUGCCAAGUAUUUUGGGUCAUGCAAUAUAUUAUGUAUUAUAUAGGUAUAAAACUUGCAUUAACUUGGAUGGAACAGAUUAAGCGUGCAAACCGCCUUUAUACUAAUGACUCCAUCUUCCUGAAGAAAACCCUCUACAUCCCCAUCCUGACAGAGCCCAGAGACCUGUUCAAUGGUUUGGAUUCUGAGGAAGAGAAAGAUGGAGAAGAAGAUAUCCAAUCAAGUAAGGAUGAAGUUUGGCCACCCUCAGCAGAGAAAAAGAAACAAGAGACGAGGUCAGGACAUGGCAAUGGCGAAGUCCUUCCCACACCUGGCCAGGAACCCCCUUCUCCCAUCCAUGACCUCUCUGCCUCUGAUUUUCUUAAGAAGCUUGAUUCACAAAUCAGCCUGUCAAAAAAGGCUGCUGCCCAGAGGCUGAAAAAAGAAGAAAGUAGAGUACCUGGGGAGGAUUCAGGUCUUCACCUGAUCUCCCCUCGGAUGCAGCAACGAGCACUCCUAGGCCCCGUGCCACUCACCCGGACCUCUCGGACCCAGACACUUCGGGACCAGGAGGAUGAAAUCUUCAAACUCUGAUGUCCCCAGAACUGACUGAGACAAGCAAGGUGUUGAAGAAGCAACUUGAGGGGGUGAAGUGCCUGAGGUGAGGCUCCAGAACAUGGCUUCCUGGCCCACCUCCCUCACUGUUGCCACUUCCCAGCCUCCCUGUCCACCAAGAGUUCCUUGGCCUGGAGCAGUUUUAUUGGCAAGCAUAGGGAAUAGGGAAUAGACCCCUUCUCAGUUCUUGGGCUGAAUCUAGAGUUGUCCUUUGGAUUCACAAGGCUCUUUUUAUAUGCCUGCUGCCUUUCCCAUCCCUUUCACCUUUCCUUUUGUCUUAGAGCAGGGAGACAGGGACCCCCCCAACUAGUCUCCAACUUCCUCCCCAUCUCCCAACUGUUACCUAAUUUAUUUGGUGCUAUAUUGAAGUAAUAUUUAUUUGCCCUACCUUAUUAUUUCCCACUCUUAGCUGAAAAAUGGAAUUUCAUAGCCCUGGGGUGACGGGGCCCCAGGAGCAGUGAGCCAGUGUCUGCUGGCUUCCCCCCUUCCCCACCUUCUUAGCCAAGCAUGUUAUUGAGGAUGGGCAGUCAGACCUGUCCCUCUGCAGAGAAUGGCAGUCUGUGCCGGCCUUUCCGCAAACCUCAAAGUAAAGAAUUUGGGCUCAGUCUUGACUUACCAGUUCACUAUAACUUUUCACAACUCUUAUUCUGAGAAAAAACAGUGAUGUAGGGACCAGAACUCUCCAUGCCACCAGUUCACCCUUCUGAACUGCUCCUCUGUUCAGCCUGUGUGAGGCUAAGGCAUGGAGGAAAAUCUGCCUUGGUGUUUGAAGAGGAGGGCAGCUGUGGGAGUCUGCUAUACCCCCUCCCCACGGACCCUAUUGAUCUAUGCCUUGCUCCUCACUGCAAGUACAUUUGCAAUGUGUAGCACUGCUUUUCAGGACAGGUUUUUUUUUUCAGUUUCUUAAACAGAAGAAGUAGCAAGGGAACCCCAGUGAUACUGAAAAUAUGCCCCAGUCUCCUGCAUGGAAUUGGGAAAGUCAGCCGUUUUGCCGAGGUGGGAUGUGCUGAGCUCAGGGCCCUCAGAGCUUCCCCUCGUCCAGCAGCUUCCUGAGCCCAUCACAGAUCUUGCCAAGGUGCUGAGUGAAGCCAGGCCCAUAGAGGGCC